AAACAGUCUUUCAGAGUUAGAUAGAAUAGAAUAAGAAAUGUUACACACCAUGUUAAUCCAAAAUGCUUAAGGGGAUAGGAAUAAUUACAAAUUUUAUUCAUCGACCAUUGUAAAUAGUAGAAUCGGGGCCCAUAUCUGAUAUACUGGGACUGUUGGGACAUUUUUACUCACCUCUAGCACAUCACAAUAAAAUCAAAGACUUUAUAUACUCUAUAUAGUGUCGUUGAAUAAAAUCUUGAAAAGACAGAUUAAAAAAUAAUCUGUUUUAGGCUUCGAUUGCUGUUUUAACUGUGGUAGUUUUACAUAUUCUGUGCAUCUAUGUUUUUGGUAAUUUUGUCGACCAACAAUGAAUGUCAGGUCAGUGGUUACAGCAAAGCAGUAAUCUUAUCGACAACUUACGAAUAAGAAAUAUUAUAUUUAAUUAACAUUUCAUUUCCGACUAGGAUAAAUUGCGAAGAGAUAAAUUAUAAGCGGCUAUCGUUACCAUUUUGAAAGGUUUUAUUAUUUGUGUAAAAUGUCAUCAAGUCACGAAAUACGACGACGCGAUCGUUCUAAAAGCAGGUCACUUGAGCAUCGCAGAAGUCGAAAUGCAAGAAGCAAUGAUCGAAACCGAUCACUUUCCCCUAAACCAUCAAAACACAGAUCAACAAGCAGAGAUAAACGGGAAUCCAAACAUAAAAAAAGUAAAAAGAAGAAAAGGCAUUCAUCCAGCAGUACCUCGAGCAGCGACAGCGACGAGGAGGAACUGAAGCUCCUACAAAGACUCGAAGCAGAACGUAUUAGACUUAAAGAAGAAAAAAAGAAGCAAAAAGAGCAAUUGAAGGCUAAUGAGACACCAGAAGAAAAAAGGGCUAGACGCCUCAGAGAAAAACAAGAAAAGGAGCGCAAAAGACGGGAAAGAAUGGGUUGGGAUAAUGAGUACCAGUGCUACACAAAUCAGGAUAAUCCAUUUGGAGACUCUGCACUUACCAAUAGCUUUGUUUGGACUAAGAAAUUAGCAAAGGAGGGUGUUAAAACAGUAUCUCGUGAAGAACUUGAAGCACUUAACAGACAGAAACAAUUGGAAAACAAAAUAGAGUUAGAAAAGGUGAAGCAGCGGCGGCUGGAGCGCGAGGCGGAGCGGGCGGCGCGCGAGGGCGAGGCGGCGGCCGCGGCGCGCGCGCGCGAGGCGCUGCAGUUCCACACGUGGGCGCGCCAGGAGGACGCCUUCCAUCUGCACCAGGCGCGGCUGCGGUCGCAGAUCCGCAUCCGCGACGGCCGAGCUAAACCUAUCGAUUUACUGGCGUGGUAUGUGAGUUCUGAGGAGUGUGUUGAUGCUCUAGAGAUGCAUGAACCAUACACCUACUUGAAUGGACUCCAGACCCAGGACCUAGAAGAUUUGCUUGAGGAUAUCAAAGUGUACAAGGAGCUGGAGAACAACGCGAACCAGGCGUACUGGGAGGACGUGCAGACCAUCGUGCUGGACGAGCUCAACAAGCUGCGGCGGCUGGCCGCGCCCGACGCGCGUCGCGACGGCGUGCAUCAGGCCGUCGCCGACGACGUCACGCAGAUAUUUAAAGGCAAAACAGGAGCUCAACUGGAAGCUUUGCAGACCCAAAUCGAGCAGAAAAUAAGUGGACGACACGAUGGUGUCGACGUCGGCUACUGGGAGAGCUUGCUCAGUCAACUUAAAGCACACAUGUCGCGCGCGCGUCUGCGUGACCGCCAUCAAAACAACCUGCGGCGCAAGCUGCAGCUGCUGAAGCAGGAGCAGGGCGUGCAGCCCGCACCGCCCGCCGACGUUAAGCAGGAGCCUGGGCAGCGGUCGAAAACACCGGAAGCUGAAGUGUCAGAGCCAGUAGCCGCAGCGGCUACCGCAUCCACGUCGACAUCGGCGGUCGAUGCCGAGGUCGACGCGGAAGGUUCUUCGAGCGAAGACGAAGCAGCGUGCGUGGCAUUGUACCGCGCCGGGCGCUACUCGCCGCCUCCGCUAUCGCCGUCCGCACUAGAGCCCGCCACGCUGCUGACCGAGCCCGGCCACGACGCGCAGCGGCUCGCCUACCUGCGCGCGCGCCUGCACGCCGCCAGCGCCCAGCGCGCCCUGCCCGACAAGGCGGAAGUGCCGGCGGGCGCCAGCACCGAGUCUCUGGAGCGCGAGGCCCGCCGCGUGAUGGGCACGUCACAAGAUGAAGUCCAGUUCAGCGUGGAACACACGCUGCCUGACCAGCCUUGCCUAUGGGCGGACAAGUAUCGACCUAGGAAACCCAGAUACUUUAACAGAGUACACACGGGUUUCGAAUGGAACAAGUACAACCAGACGCACUACGAUAUGGACAACCCUCCACCUAAGAUCGUGCAAGGAUAUAAGUUCAACAUAUUCUAUCCAGACCUCAUCGACAAGAACGCGACGCCAGAGUUCUCACUGAAAGCUUGUCCCGAGAACCAAGACUUUGCCGUACUUCGCUUCCACGCAGGCCCACCUUACGAGGACAUCGCAUUCAAGAUCGUCAACCGCGAGUGGGAAUACUCUUACAAACGCGGCUUCCGCUGCCAUUUCCACAAUAAUAUCUUUCAACUGUGGUUCCACUUCAAGAGAUACCGCUACAGACGCUAGUUGGGUGCUUCUACAGCACAUGUCCUGUGCAGCAGGGAAAUGUUUUCCUUGGUUGACAUCAAAAUAUAUUAUUUUGUCAUUUU